AUCGAAUAUCGAUUCUCGCUUAUAUGUGAGAACAGGAUUGAGAAGGGGAUGUGAUUGCCGGUAUAUGUGAGUUACCUGUUGUUAAAUAACAACUUUAGCAGCAUCAUGAAGCUAGUAAGAUUUUUGAUGAAACUCAGUCACGAAACUGUGACGAUAGAAUUAAAAAAUGGCACUCAAGUCAAUGGCACGAUUACAGGUGUGGAUGUAGCAAUGAAUACACAUUUGAAAACAGUAAAAAUGACAAUAAAGAAUCGUGAUCCUGUACAAUUGGAGACAUUGAGUUUGCGAGGAAAUAACAUAAGGUAUUACAUCCUACCUGACUCCCUACCUUUGGAAACCUUGCUGAUAGACGAUACACCAAAAGCCAAGGCUAAAAAGAAAGAAGCCGCAAGAGGAGCUGCCCGUGGCCGAGGACGUGGUGCUAGGGGUGGCAGAGGCGGCAGAGGUGGUCGUGGUAGAGGAAGAGGCAGGCGAUAGUGAUGCCAUGUGUACUUUCUGCAAAUCUUCAAAAUACAAAUUUUUCUACUCAUCAAAUGGAUGAUUUAUAUUCUACUAAUUUAAUAAGGAUGUAAAUUUACAAGGAAUUGCUCUAAUGUGGAAGAUAGCUGCCUUGGCAGUAUAAGUUUCACAAAUGCGGCGUCAAAAUCUUUUUCUGAUCAAGUGAAGGUGUGGCAUCUACUGAUAAAGGCAUUCUGAUAUUUUUAA